AUAGAGCGGGAAAAUUCUGACACUUGCUUGCUAUGGAUAAGCUCAUGUGCUCUUUUAAAGGUCUCAUUAUUUGCAAGCAUUCCUAGCUUGAAGUACAUCUGCUUCUACUGUGUAAAAAUGAAACGGAAAUCGAAGCAAAAGCAAGCUCAGGAGUUCAAUAGUAAUCAUAAAAUAACGAGUUUCUUCAAGAAAACACCUACAAAAAAGGUGAACCAGGAUGAGGAUAUAAUAGAGAGUUCUCCUGAAUGCAAUGAGACAGAAGUGUUGUAUGAUAUUUCCAAUGGUAAUGGCAAAAAAAGGAAGUUGUCCAUUCUUGAAAGUGGAGUAUACAGUGAUAGUAGUGAUCAGAGUUUAACACAGCAGCUUUGCCAGCCGAAUGGAAGUACUUUUAUUGAACCAAAGACACCAUCAAAGCAAUUGAAUAACAGUGCUAAUGGUGCAGCUGAGAUGCCUGCACAGAGUCCUAUUAGAAGAACACCAAAGAAGAGUCCCAGAAAGACACCUGUCAAGCUCUUCGAAAAGUCUCCCAAGGUGAGCACAUUCCAAGUGGAUGUUAUAAAGAACUUCAUCAGAGUCACACCUAGCAAGUCACAUAGUUCAAUAUCACAGGAGAAAUUAAGACUGAGAAGCUCUGAAAAGAAGCAACAGAGUAUACUAAAUUACGCAUCUCCAUCUGCGUCAGAAAGGUCAAUCAAAGCUAAAAAUGUUAAUGAGAAAACCCCAAUUCGAGUCUGCACGUCGAAACAACAAACGCCAAUGAGUAGCAAGGUAAAAAUGAAGUUGGAUUUUUCCAACACGCUCACAUCGCCUGCUGCUAAUAAUGUAGCAAAUCAAACUGAUUUUGCGGAUCUUCUCGACGACAGUUGGGAUGAUGAUUUCAACUGCAGCAUAAGUUAUACGUUAGAUUUGAGUAAACCGCACCGUUGCAAAGUGCUGCAAAUGGAGAGAUUAAGAGAUUCAGUGAAGAUUGUUGUGCAAUCGAAGACGUCUGAGGAAAAGGCGAUAUGUUUUUUAAAAGGAUUUUGGGCUAAUUGCAAUCUGGAUGUGAACAAUGUACUGUUUUUGAGUGCAAGCAAAGAUGAUUCAAAUUGGAUCGUUGAUAAUGAUUCAGGUUUAUUGAUUUACGAACCGGAUACACUAAUUUCGUCCACCACAGUUGUUGGGAGUUUAUUCUGCUUGAGGAAAAGUGUUAUUAAAGAUAGGUUUGCUGGUUUUAAUCCGUCCAACAAGAUUAUGGUUGUGGGAACGUUGAUCCAUAGCCUUUUGCAAAGCUGCUUGCAUAAAAACGUGCAAAACUUGGAUGAGAUUAAGGAUAUCGCGUGCGCACUAAUCAACGAUAAAGACACAGUUUACAUGCUUUACGAUUCUGGUUUGACCCAGAGCGAGGUGAUGGACGAGCUGAACAAUUUUGUGCCCAGAAUCGCGACGUUCAUGAAGCAGUAUUUGCUGUCGAAUGCAGGAAAAUUCGUCGAAACUCGAGCGAAGAACGAUUGGAAGGGAAAGAUUAGGAGCGUUGAAGAUAUCGAAGAAAACUUCUGGUGCCACGAGCUGGGAAUCAAAGGUAAAGUGGAUGUGAGCGUCAAGAGCGGCGACGAUGUGAUGCCUUUGGAAUUGAAGACCGGGAGAGCUUCUAUGAGUUUAGAACACAGGGGACAAAUCAUACUGUACAUCAUGAUGAUGACCAAAUUCGGUUACAAAGUCUCUUCUGGAUUACUACUCUAUUUGAGGGAAAGUGUUCUUCGAGAUAUUCCUAUGAAUAGCAGAGAGAAACGCGAUCUGAUGAUGCUGCGUAACGAGAUAGCUUAUUAUUUGUCGCGGAAGACGCGAAUCGAAGAAGAUGUUGGUAUAAAAGUGCCGAUUCUUCCCGCUCCGAUUGAUCAUCAUAGUGCUUGCUCCAGGUGCGAAUACAAUACUGUAUGCUGUGCGUUCCUGAAAUUGGAAAACAGAGAUAUAUCGGAGUUCAGGAAUUUGGAGGCGAUACGCGACGACUUGCUUUCGCAUCUAACGACCGAACAUUUAAGUUAUUUUUCGCACUUCACCGCUUUACUCGAUAUGGAGAACGAUAUCAGAGAUGGUAAGCACGUCAAGGAUAUUUACACAAAAUCACCAGAGAUUCGAGAAAAACAUGGUCAGUGCCUAAUAAAUAUGAAAAUCUCGAACCAUUCGGAGGAGUUGGAGUCGAACGGAUUGUACUCUACGUCCUUCCACCAAUCGACGAAAGCGAUGGGCGCAAAUCUUCUGGCAUCUGGUAUAGGAGAAUCAAGUUACGUCGUCGUCAGCAUAGACUGCAGACCAGCUGUGUCCUCCGGCAUCGUAACCCACAUCGAUCACGCCUCCAUUACCAUCAACCUUGACAGAGAUUUAAAUACAAAGUAUCCGAACAUGUUGUUCCACUUGGACACGUACGAAUCCGGCAGCUUGAACACCUUCAACUUCAGCAAUUUAGCUCUCUUAAUGGAAAACACUCCGAGAGCAAUGCAGCUGAGGAAGAUGAUAGUGGACAAGGAGAAACCGACAUUUCGAAAGACUUUGCCCGCCGAAGUCGGUAAGAAAUCAAUUCCAAUCUUGAAACGUAUGAACAAGAUGCAACAGAAGGCUGUGAUCAAAGCUUUGGCCACCAAUGAAUACCUCUUGAUUAAAGGCAUGCCCGGAACAGGUAAAACGGCGACCAUAGUAGCGCUAGUCCAAUUCCUAGUCGAACUGAAACAAACGGUUUUAAUUACGAGUGGCACGAAUUGUGCGGUCGACAAUGUCUGCAUACGUCUGCAAGAAUGCGGCAUCGAUGUUGUCAGAUUGGGAUCGCAUUCUAGGAUUCAUCCGUCGUUGAAGCACAGAUCCGAGCAUACGCUGACGGCAAACUGCAAAACACCGGAAGAAUUGGACGCAGUUUACGGUAAUGCCUGCGUUCUAGCGUCCACCUGCAUUGGAACAAAGCAUACGGUGUUUUCCAAAAGGAUCAUGGACGUGUGUAUCGUCGACGAGAGCACCCAAGUCCUGCAGACUUCUCUCAUUCGCGCAUUGACCGCCUGCAAGAAGUUCAUCUUAAUCGGUGAUCCUGAGCAAUUACCUCCCGUCAUCAAGAAUAAAGAAGCUCAAUCAAGGGGUUUGUCGGAGAGUUUGUUUGAGAGGUUGCAAAGUCCGGAAUCCGUGGUAACUUUGAACCAAAAUUACCGCAUGAACAGACCGAUCAUGAAGUUGGCCAACGACUUUACUUACAAUGGAGAACUAUUGGCCGCCAACGAAACCGUCGCCAAUGCAACGUUGCGGAUACCCAAAAUCGAGUGCGUUUCAGCGGUGUACAAAGACUUUCAAUGGCUGUUGCAAACGCUGGAUCACAAAUUGCAGAGAUCUAUCUGCGUUUUGGAUACGGGACCCGUCUGGGACAAGAAACUGAAUGCCGAUUGGAUACAGCAGAACACGUUCGAAAGGAAUGCCGAUGGGGACAUCCUAUCCAUAGUGAAUCCGCUGGAAACGGCGAUCAUAUCGUUAAUAGUCGAAACGUUGAUAAAAGGUGGCGUGAAUCCGAAGAGCAUUGGUGUGAUGGCUCCGUACAGGGCGCAAGUAACACAAUUGACUUCAGUUUUGUCCAAACACGAAGUGGACAUCAGCACUGUGGAUCAGUUCCAAGGACAGGACAAAGAUAUCGUUCUCUAUUCGUGCACGAAAUCUCGGGAUGUUUCGAAGAAGCGGAAAAUAUCAAAGUUUGAAAUUCUGGAGGACAAAAAGAGAUUGACUGUAGCGAUCACCAGAGCUAAGCACAAAUUGAUAAUGUUGGCCGACGUGUCCACCAUGGAAGAGUACACGCCGUUCGGAAAUCUGUUUAAAUGCAUUCCCGAGGACAAUUACCUGAAGCUGAGGGAUGGUAACUUAGGUUUCGAUAUAAGCGAAAUCGUUACGCUCUGUGGAAAGUGUCAAGUUUGAAGACUAAAGUAACAAUAAAGUUUAUAC